AUGACGCAGCGGAGGGAAGAGAGGGGACGGUACCGUGGCAGGACACGCGGUAGUGCGAAGGGCGCUGGCAGGUAUCGUUGGAAAUUGGCGCUUUUGGCUGCCGUGUGUCUCUGUCUUGUGGUGUAUCUUCUGCAGGGUGAAGAUGACACCAUUGCGUCUGUCAUGUUGGCGAAUGACACGCAGGACCUUCUCUCUGCGCUGAGGUUGGCGAGGGAGAAGACAAGCGUCAGCAGCAUCCACACCGUCACGGAUUGUAUGAUGCGGGUUGGUUUGACGCUGGAUGGCAUGUUGGCCAGUACAGACGAUAAAUCAACAGCAACAGCCACUCAAAAAAUUAUGACGCAUACCGUGGAAACUUAUCGACUGGCAACAGCGUUUGUUUUGGAAGUACUUUCCCCCUUGUUCCAGGAGAAGCCAAGGGAUGUCGUGCUACAGAACCAUCGUACCGAGCCAAAGUUUCUGUGGCGCUGGAUAGCUGUUACUGCCUACGCCUUGACGACCGUUUUGCCUGAGCACUUUCUUGCUCUGGACGACACAGAGACCCACGGUGAGGUUCUGGUGAUGGGACUGCACGUGUUAUUGCAUGCAUCAAAUGCGGCUUCCUCGUCGUCUUUUUCUCCUUUAUUGCCAACUGAACGAGCGGCCCUUGUUGAUUGCAUCCAUUACGAGAAGAAUCCCCGCUGGGAAAAGUUUUGCAGCAGUGGGUUUUCAAACCUCCAUGGCCUGGAAGUUCGCCGCGCUGCCAUUCUUGAGGAACUUAUUGCACUUUACCCGGAAUAUGCCCCAUUGCGACUUCAUUAUGUUGUCGCACUCUCCCUGGGACGUCAUGCUGCAAAGACGGAAGUCGUUUUGGGGCUAAUUGAGAGGGAGCGGGCGAGACUUCACACCCGAACACAUGUCGAUCCUUUACAUGGGGCAUUCCUGGGACUCUGCAAGGCUUUUGUUUCUUCUGUAGAAAAAACAAGGCGUGUGGAGGCAACUGAGGGAGUUGUGGAGGGACUGCGUCAAAUCAACACAUGUGCGCAGCUUCUGCGUCCUUUUCAUGAGGAUAUGGGCAACUGGCGGCAUUACUUCCGCGGGCAGGAGCGGCCCGAUGUGAUGGACAAACGACAGGCAAGGCGUCUAUUGGGCGCCAUGACAGAACUAUUGCAGGAAAAAGGAAUUCCAGAGUCUCUCCCCCCUGGGCUAAGAGCGUGUGGCGAAGGGGAUUGA